GAGAGCCCCGGGCUUUGCCCGGAUGGGUUUACACUGCACACGGAAAGAAAACAUCCCUAUGACAGUCGAGGUGCCUUGCCCAAGGUCAGGCCCACAGAGACAGGACCUGAACACCAAGCGGCUGAGUGCCAGGCCAGCCCCUUGCCCUCCUCCCUGUCCCCUGAAAACGAUCCCCCCUGAGCCAGCCCCUGGCUGCCCGCCCGGCGGCUGCUCUGUGAUGCCCGCUUACGAUACUCUCUCGCCCCAUGCUUUUCCGCUGCGCCCCGUGCGAGGGACGCUAGGACCCAGCGGGAUCCUCCGGCAGCGCCCUGGGAGGUGCAGCUGCGUCUGGGGUUUGGCUCGGCUUGUCAGUUUCACCUCCUGCGCCCACCCCCUUCCCCCCCCCCCGCGCAGCCAAAGGCAGAGAGGGGCGGGGCGGGGCGGCUUCCACCUGCAGCCCUCAGCAGCCGGCGGGGCACCCCAGGCCGGCAGGAUCAGCCGGCGCUGGGUGGAACCUCUCUCCUGGGAGCCGCGAUUCUGCUGCGCACCCGGGACCUGCUCUCGUCGCCUCCUCCUCCUCCGCCGGAGAGCCCCAGCGGCUGCCCGCCCGCGGCUCCAGCUUUCCCUGGGCCAUCGGUCACUUCCCCGGCCCUGGGGUGGUGUCAUUUGUUUGGAUUCGGUUACUACCAUCGCCACCUCCCGGGCAGGAAGAUCGCGUGGCUGGGGGGGAGCUCACAGAGGCAGAUCCUUAGAGGAGGAAGCAGCCCGCCCCACCUGCCGCGGGCAUCACACUCACCUGUUCUCCAUUGGUGGCACACCUGGGCAGCAGGGGCCGGUUUCCAGGCUGCGGUGAGCCGCACAGCUUGGCGUUAAACGUUUAGGAGCCAGGGAGAAAAAGGCGAAAGCCUCCCCCGGGAGGAGAGACUCCAUCUACACCCACACACUUCUCCAGCGCAGAAAGGACCAGGGCAGCUCAGUGAUCUUUCAAGGGUUUUCCUCCAGGCAGUGCUGAAAUAUUUAUAUUCUUUUGCCUUGUUUGUUUGCAGGGGAGCCAUCUGGUGAGUCCUCCCCACCAGGAGUCCUUAGGAGACAGCUUCUGGCUCUCACUGUAGAGAACGUAAUUUUGAAAUCUGCUUUUCCUGCCUGUUCUGAAACCGUCUCCUCUUCCCCUCCUCCCCUGCCCUUACCUUUAAAAACAAAACCAUUCUGGUUUCAGAAUCUCUUAAUUGAGGCAAAACCAGUAUUUACAUUUUUUUUUGGAGUGGGGGGGGAGGCAGACACCGUCCUAGGCCCACCGCACCUAUUCUUGUUAAGGAAACUUAAAACUAGAAUUUGUCAGUGUCCCUUCCACGACCAUGUCCACCCGAGAAAGCGUACAGAUCCCAGACGAUCGGGAUUUUAAUAAUUUCCGGACCGAAUGCAACUCGGACACAGGCUGGAGUCAAACUUAUAACAAAUCGGGACUUGUUGUGUGGAUUCAGGUCUUGGAGGUGGAGAGAUCCCUGCAUAAAAUCAAGUGCAGGAUGGAGUGCAAGGACAUCACCGCGGACACGCUCUACGAUGUGCUGCACGACAUCGAGUACCGGAAAAAGUGGGACACAAACGUCAUCGAGACCUUCGACAUUGGGAAGCUGACCGUCAACUCGGAUGUGGGCUACUAUGCCUGGAAGUGCCCCAAGCCCCUGAAGAACAGAGACGUCAUCACCCUGCGCUCCUGGCUGCCCAUGGGGGCCGAUUACAUCAUCAUGAACUACUCGGUCAAACACCCCAAAUACCCUCCAAGGAAAGAUCUGGUGAGAGCGGUGUCCAUCCAGACAGGCUACUUGAUCCAGGGGAGAGGAGCCAAGAGCUGCUCCAUCACCUACCUUGCCCAGGUUGACCCCAAAGGUUCUUUGCCCAAGUGGGUGGUGAACAAAUCGUCUCAGUUUCUGGCUCCAAAGGCCAUGAAGAAGAUGUACAAAGCCUGCCUCAAGUACCCUGACUGGAAGCAGAAGCACAACCCACACUUCAAGCCCUGGCUGUUCCCCGAGCAGAGCACCCUCCCCACCGUGGCGCUCUCGGAGCUCUCCAUCCAGCAUGCCGACUCGCUGGAGAACAUCGACGAGAGCAGCCUGUCCGAGACCAAAGACGACCGGGGCGAGGGCAGCGACGAGGACAGCAUCAACUGAGCCACCCUCACUUCCCCCCCAGCCCCUCGCCCCUCCGCACCUGCCCAACCGGGUUCAUUUUGUCUGUGUAUCCAGUGCAGGUCAUGUAACACGCUCCCCAGCCCCAUCCCUCCCCACCCCGGCUAACGGGGCUGCUGUUAGUCAGGGCAUUUCUCAAGCAGGCCGGGGAUGGGAAAGGGACUUGUCCCGCCCUUGAUGCCAGAAAUCUGGAUUUCCCCAAAGCUAGCCCUGCUCGUGCUUUAUGCCUGGACCCUCAAAGGUAUAACUCCCACUGGGCAUUAGGCAUCGAAAUACCUUUCAGGGUCCAGGCCUCCGUGCUUGGCAGUGGGAACACCAGCUCUCUAGCACCGAGCAGGAUGGAUACCCCGUAGAUUGAGGGGAAACUUGUCUCUCUCCUGGCUGAGAAAAGCAGGGUGUGGGGGGAAUCCGUGGGACUGCAGAACCGUCCCCGUGGGCCAAUGGGCCAAGCUACGUUCAAAAUCUUGGGGCCUUCUGAGAGCGUGAGCCACCUUCCCUGGUCUGCCCAGCAACGCAGGCUGGGCACUGCCUUCUCGGAGGGCAGGAGACCAUCAACGUGCACCAGCGCAGUCAGCGUUGAGGGAGAGUCACUGCCUGCAGGGAGCCCGUGAGGGGUGCGUGAGUGUCAGGCAUAGUUCUCCCAAGGGAGGAGGGCUUGGGAAAUCUCUGCCCUUCGGUGAACGAGAUGACUGAAGUGGGAUUGGCGCUCCUGGAAAGCCGCAUGCUCCCCAUGUUGUUAAAUGGCUGUCAUCUCUGUUUUCUUUCUUCUCCUGUAAGAGUUAGAACUGCCUUUUUCUGAUUGGGACCAGUUUAAGGGACCCAUCUCCCUAGGGGGGUCCCCAGCUGCUUUGGGACUCUCCGGAGAGGGUGGGACCCCUAGGGGCCCUGGGCUCUCCUGUGAGAGGAGACCCAGAGGUCUUGACGUCUGAAUAUUUUCUCUGCACUAGAAUUAGAGGCCUUGAAUCUGGAUUUUGAAGCCGGUUCCUUGAAAGCACUCCCUGAAAACACCAUGUUCUGUUUCAUGGGGGAAAAAGAGAUUUUGUACCUUGUACUGGAGCAGUUUAUUUAGGAAUAAAAGAAACAAAUCAGGCAA